ACGUCAAAAACUUCAACAGAAAACGUGCGCGUGAUUUUUAAGAGCACAUCGCGUGGAGGUGGAUAAAUUUAAAACCGAGUUUUUCAUAUUUUUGCGAUUUUUUAAAGUUGAUUGUGUCCACAAAUAGUAAAUAAUAAACAUUGCAACCUCAAUAUGUCGUCCAAGGACCUAGAUCGUAUGGAAGUGGCGGAGGAUCAGAAUAUUGAAGAUGCGAUUAUAGCCGGGGAGAGCGACGACGAUGACGAUGACAACGAAGCUGGAGAUGAUGCCAUGGACAGUGAGGGGGGAACCAAUGGAAAGGUUUACCUGCCCGGUCGGAAGUUAAACAACGACGAAGAGCUGGUGUGUGACGAAUCAGCGUACGUAAUGCUUCAUCAGGCGAACACAGGCGCACCGUGUUUAAGUUUCGACAUCAUUUCUGACCCCUUGGGGGAAGAUCGGGAAACGUUUCCAUUGACUGCAUUUAUGGUGGCCGGUACCCAGGCCGCAAGGACACAUGUCAACAGUGUGAUCGUAAUGAAGAUGUCUAACCUGCAUCGGACGUCAAAGGAACGGAAAGACGAUGACGACGAUGAUUCCGACUCUGAGUUGAGCGACGACGAAGAUGAGCAUGAGGACAAACGACCCCAGAUGAACUGCGCCCUUAUCAAGCAUGCUGGAUGCGUGAACCGGAUUAGAGCUACUACGUUCAAUAGCACGCAUUACGUGGCCACUUGGAGCGAAAUGGGUCGGGUAAAUAUUUACAACAUCAACGAUCAAUUGACGGCUGUGGACGAUGAACACGCUUGCAAGAACUACGAAAAUAACAAAGUCGGAGAGGGAGUGAAGCCGGAUUUCACAUUCUCCGGCCACCAGAAGGAAGGAUUCGCCAUUGAUUGGUGUACCACGACGCGUGGUAUGCUGGCGACUGGGGACUGCCGUCGGGAUAUCCACAUAUGGCGUCCGAACGAUAAGGGUUCGUGGACCGUGGAUCAGCGACCACUGAUUGGACACACCGAUUCAGUGGAGGACAUCCAGUGGAGCCCGAACGAGGCGAAUGUGCUGGCUACGUGUUCGGUUGAUAAAUCGAUUCGGAUCUGGGAUUGUCGAGCGGCCCCUUCCAAGGCCUGUAUGUUGACGGCUGGGAAUGCUCACGAAAGUGACGUCAACGUGAUCAGUUGGAACAGGAACGAACCGCUGAUAGCUAGUGGGGGUGAUGACGGUUUCUUCCACAUUUGGGAUCUGCGCAACUUCCAAUCGAAAUCGACUGUGGCCACAUUCAAACACCACACCAAUCACAUAACCACCAUUGAAUGGCACCCGAAGGAGUCGACCAUUCUUGCCACCGGAGGCGAUGACGAUCAGAUCGCUCUAUGGGAUCUCGCGGUGGAGCGGGACGACGAUGAGGAACGGGCGGAUCCACAACUAAAAGAGCUGCCGCCACAGCUGCUGUUUAUUCACCAAGGGCAAACGGAAAUCAAGGAACUGCACUGGCAUCCGCAGCUCAAAGGGGUCCUGUUUUCGACGGCGCACAGUGGGUUCAAUGUUUUCCGAACAAUCAGCGUUUAGGUCAGAAUGAGAAAGUAAGGCGGUUCUUUUCCACGUUCUUCGGAUUGAUGGCCAUGUGCAGUUUGUAACAUUUAAUACCAUUCAAAAAUAAAAGGAACUUACUUGUAUCAA